UUUAAAUAUCAAAACAAAAACAUUCUUCAAAGAAAAAAAAAACAAGUAGAGAAAUGGCUACCAAUUGCUUCAGCAAGAAAGACCCAAAAUUUAUGAAGAUCGUGUUGAACCCUUCGGACCAUAAGCUAAAAAUCCCAAGAGAGUUUGUGAAACGAUACGGGAACACUCUGCUCAGAAACUGCAGCGUCAUCUCUCUCAAGGUUCCAACUGAUUCAUUAUGGAGAGUAGAAUUAACGCGCGCCGACGGUGAAAUAUGGCUGCAGAAUGGUUGGAAGGAGUUCGUCGAGUUUUAUUCGAUAAAAUUCGGGCACUUGUUGGUAUUCGAAUACCAAGGAAGUUUCCAGUUUCGUGUUCUCGUAUUCGAUAUGACUGCUUCCGAGAUAGAAUAUCCCUCUCAAUGCGCUAGUAAUAGCGGCAUUGGUUCGAAAUCUAGUGACUCGUUCGUAUCAUCCGAACAAAUUUUGACGAAAACGAAAGGCAAAGGGAAACGGAAAAUUCAAGAUGAAUUGGGUUCGGAUGAAAACGAAUGUGAUGCUUCUGUCGAUAUCAUCGGCAGCACUUCGGGUUGUGAUUCGAAUGAUUCUAAAGUUGGUGCAGAAAGUUGGAGAGGGAAGACAGCUUUGAAGAAGAAAACAAGUGCGGCGUACGAAAUGGCGAAACGUUACAAGGACAAUAAUCCGUCGACAAUGCCGUACUUCAUCUCUCUGAUGCAUCCAUCUUCUGUUAUUCGAGCAGACGAUUUGAGUAUACCGCUGUCGAUCGCGAAAGGGAAUUUGUCGGAUGCGAUGACGAGAAACUUAAAGCUUCGUGUGUUGAAUGGAAAAACAUGGCCAGUGAAGUGCACAAUAUACAAACUAAGCGCGAAAAUCAACAGCGGGUGGAGGAAUUUCGUGAAGGAUAACAGACUUAAAGUCGGGGAUGUUUGCAUCUUUCAAGUAAUCAACACUACUCGGCUCCUAUUGGAAGUUACCAUAUUCCGGUGUCGAAAAUAAGAUUUUUCUCGUUUGUUUGCUAAUAUUGCAGUUUUAAUUGUUUUUUUAAUUAUUAUGUUCGUAUAUGUAUGUAUGGUAAAAUGUGAUUACCAGCCCUAAUGUCUGGUGUAAUUUAAAAAAAAAACCACUCUUUUGUAGAAAAUUUCAAUUGAACCCCCAUGUUAGCAAUCUGUUAAAAUUGUGGAAUGUUUAACUAUGAUAAGUAAAUGUUCAUGUAUAAGGUUAAACUCUGUGUAGCCAACAAACCAUAUAAUUCUUUUCAGUUGAAGUGAAAUUAUGUAUAGGUGCUU